CUCAUACACCCUCACUCACACACACUCUCACACACUCACACACACCCGCGCUCUCACACACACGAGUGGAUUUAAAGAGGAAUUAAUCUGAACCCAGAGGAGAGCAGAUUCACACACAGAGGAAAAUAAAACAAGAGGAGCUGCUGCAGGAGGACGAGUUCAGUGUUCAGACACAGAGCUGGUGUUUGAGUUUUUCUGUGAAACAUGUUGAACUGGUCAGACAGGACGAGGAGGACGAGAUGCUCGGUCACAAUGACACAUUAACAGAAUUCAUCUACAGGCUCUGAAAUCUGUGGGAUUUCACAUCCCGGUCCACUUCAGCUGAGCAGGACUUCUCCCAGUCCGGUUCAGCCGAGCAGGGCUUCUCUGAGUCCAGUUCAGCCAAGCAGGGCUUCUCCCAGUCCGGUUCAGCCGAGCAGGGCUUUUCCGGGUCCGGGUCAGCCAAGCAGGGCUUCUUCCAGUCCGGUUCAGCCGAGCAGGGCUUCUCUGAGUCCAGUUCAGCCAAGCAGGGCUUCUCUGAGUCCAGUUCAGCCAAGCAGGGCUUCUCCCAGUCCGGUUCAGCCGAGCAGGGCUUUUCCGGGUCCAGGUGAGUGAUGGCUGAACUUGGACUUGAGCUGUUCUCCGAGCAGGAGAUGACGUGUUCCAUCUGUUUGGAUCUGUUCACCGAGCCAGUGUCCACGCCAUGUGGUCACAACUUCUGCCAGAGCUGCAUCGGGGGUUACUGGGCCUCCAGCGCCGAGUGCACGUGUCCUCUGUGUAAGCGGCCCUUCGAUGGCCGUCCGGAGCUCAGCAUCAACCGCGUGUUUGCUCACAUUGCACAGAAGUACAAGGAGAUUCGCUACGGAGGGCCUCCACCCGUCAAACCGCGGCAGAAGAUCCCAGCUGGUGCAGCAGGAGGAGGAGGAGGAGGAGUCAUGCUGCAGAACGGCACCACCACCCCAGACAUCCCGUGUGACAUGUGCACCGGCAGGAAGGAGAGAGCCGUGAGCUCGUGUCUCACCUGUAUUGCCUCGUACUGUGAGACACACGUGCAACCACACCACCAAUCGCCGUUCUACACCUCGCACCAACUCCUCGACCCACACGAGGCUCUGCGUGGACGCACAUGUAGCCAACACGGACGGCUGCUGGAGGUUUUCUGCCGCACGGACCAGCGAUGCAUCUGCGCCAUCUGUGUGCUGGAGGAACACCGGACUCACGCCACCGUGUCUGUGCAGACCGAGCGCGCCGUCAAACAGAGGAUGCUCGGGAAAACCGAACUGGACAUCCAGAUGUCAAUCGAAAGACGAGGGCUGCAUCUCACAGAGCUCAAACAAAGACUGCAGGUUCUCAGGAACUACGCCCAAGCCGAACUCUCAGAGGUGGAGCAGGUCCUCUCUGAUGUCACUCAGUCGGUGGAGCGAAUCCGCAGAGAGCUGGUUGGCGGGAUCGAGGACAAACGAGACUCCGUGAUUGGCCAAGGGGAAAGGAUUGUGUCACACUUAGAGGCGGAGUUAGGCAAGCUGAAGGAGCGCAGGGCUCGACUGGAGACUCAGGCCACGUCAGAAGACCACAUCGGCUUCCUGCAGACCUUCCAGGAGGUGAACGUUCCGUAUCAGGACACCAUGGUGCAUAACAAUGAUCCUGAUCUGGAGUUACACUUUUCUCUCAGUGAGGUGAAGAGCACACUGGGAGAGAUACGAGAGAGACUGGAUGACAUCCACAUGGGAGAAGUCCACUACAGACACUCAGUGUCAUCACUACUGCCUGAGUCGGAGAGCAUGAUGAGCAUCAGGUCCACUAAGAAGAGGGACUUUUCACUGAAGGAUCUGCGGAAGUUCAAAUCAGGAUCCAAUAUCAAAAAGGUCAAAGGUUAUCUAGAGGACGUGACGUUAAACCCUGUGACGGCAUAUCCCUUCCUUAUCCUCUCAGACGACAGAAAGCAGCUGAAGCGUGGAGAGAAGUUGCAGUUUUUCAGAAACAGCACUCAGAGAUUUGACGUGUGGAGCUGCAUUACAGCUAAAGAGGGAUAUGAAACAGGACGCCAUUACUGGGAGGUGAGUGUUGGUGAUAAUAAAGACUGGAAAGUUGGCGUGCUCAGAGACUCUGCCCAGAGGAAGGGGCUGUUUGAUAUGAGCCCCAGUAACGGUUACUACGUACUGUGGUGGAGCACCAAUCAACUGCGAGCGCUCACAACCCCUCCCCUGACCAAGGUGAAGAUGAACGGCCGUCUGCGCUAUCUUGGAGUGUACCUAGACUGUGAAGAGGGUCAUGUGACCUUCUUCAAUGCCAAGACAGGCUCUGAAGUCUACUCCUUCAUUAUAGAGGGAGGGUUCAAUGAGAGGAUGUUCCCUCUGUUUGGAACGUCCGAUAAAGAAGUACCACUGAUGUUACCGGCUUCACCAACACACAUGCCUGAGUAAAGGAACGAGGGGAAGAGGAGAAAGAGGGAACGAGGGGAAAAGGAGAGAGGGAACGAGGGGAAGAGGAGAGAGGGAACGAGGGGAAGAGGAGAGAGGGAACGAGGGGAAGAGGAGAGAGGGAACGAGGGGAAGAGGAGAGAGGGAACGAGGGGAAGAGGGGAAAAGGAAAAUUAGGGAAACAGAAAUGAGGUGAUGAAAGGGAAAUACCUGAAAGUGAAAAUAAAUAUUUAAAACAGAAAUAAUAAAAAUGUCUCAGAACAAAUGUUUUAGAUUAAAUAAGUCUGUAGUCUGUAGUAUGACAUACGCUGUGUCUGUAAAUCAGAACAAAUCACCAGGAGUUUAAUCAGACUGCUCUUUACUGUGUGUGUGUGUGUGUGUGUGUGUGUGAUAGAUUCUGGCUAUAACUGACUCAUGCUGACUUUUUGGAAAUGAUUUUGGGGAUGAUUUUUUUUCUAGGUUUGUGACAGAGAUGUUACUCCACUGUAAUAAAUAAAUAAAAUAUGAAAACUUUA